CACCAACACAAACUAAUCAGUACAGGCUGACCAGCCAGACCCAGAAUAGCUGACCGGAGGCCCCGCUUGUCCUGGCCGACCUGGUCAGCCUCCAGAGUAUGGUCUGGCUGGGGCCCCUUUUGCUGCUCCCCAACCUCUUUCUGGCUUCUCAUGUUGGCGCCGCGGUGGACCUGACGCUGCUGGCCGACCUGCGCCUCGUCGAGCCCCGGCGCUUCUUCCUGACCUGCGUGUCUGGGGAGGCCGGGCCGGGCCGGGGUGCCGACGCCUGGGGCCCCCCUCUGCUGCUGGAGAAGGACGACCGCAUCGUGCGCACGCCGCGGCCCGCGCAGCCCCCGCACCUGGUGCGCAACGGCUCGCACCGCAUCACGCUGCGCGGCUUCUCGCAGCCCUCGGACCUGGUGGGCGUCUUCUCGUGCGUGGGCGGGGCGGGGCGCACGCGCGUCCUCUACGUGCACAACAGCCCAGGAGCGCACCUGCUCCCGGACAAGGUCACACACACGGUGAACAAAGGCGACACGGCCGUGCUUGCCGCACUUGUGCACAAGGAGAAGCAGACAGAUGUGAUUUGGAAGAGCAACGGAUCCUACUUCUAUACCCUGGACUGGCAUGAGGCCCAAGAUGGGCAGUUCCUGCUGCAGCUCCCAAAUGUGCAGCCACCGUCGAGCGGCAUCUACAGUGCCACCUACCUGGAAGCCAGCCCCCUAGGCAGCGCCUUCUUCCGGCUCAUCGUGCGGGGCUGUGGGGCAGGGCGCUGGGGACCAGACUGUACCAAGGAAUGCCCAGGCUGCCUGCAUGGAGGUGUCUGCCAUGACCUGGAUGGCGAGUGUGUGUGUCCCCCUGGAUUCACGGGUACCCGCUGUGAGCAAGCCUGCAGAGAGGGCCGUUUUGGGCAGAGCUGCCAGGAGCAGUGUCCAGGCACAUCGGGCUGCCGGGGUCUCACCUUCUGCCUCCCAGACCCUUAUGGCUGUUCUUGUGGAUCUGGCUGGAGAGGACACCAGUGCCAGGAAGCCUGUACCCCUGGCCACUUUGGGGCAGAUUGCCGCCUCCAGUGCCAGUGUCAGAAUGGCGGGACCUGUGACCGCUUCAGCGGCUGCGUGUGCCCCUCCGGAUGGCAUGGAAUGCACUGUGAGAAAUCCGACCGGAUCCCCCAGAUCCUGGAUGUGGCCUCGGAGCUGGAGUUCAACUUGGAGACGAUGCCCCGGAUCAACUGUGCGGCCGCAGGGAACCCCUUCCCGGUGCGGGGCAGCAUGGAGCUCCGAAAGCCGGAUGGCACAGUCCUCCUGUCCACCAAGGCCAUUGUGGAGCCAAAUAGGACCACAGCUGAGUUCGAGGUGCCUCGCUUGGCCCUCGGGGACAGUGGGCUCUGGGAAUGCCGUGUGUCUACGUCUGGUGGCCAAGACAGCCGACGUUUCAGGGUUAACGUCAAAGUGCCCCCAGUGCCCCUGACUGCUCCGCGGCUCCUGGCCAAGCAGAGCCGCCAGCUCGUGGUCUCCCCACUGGUCUCCUUCUCCGGGGACGGACCCAUCGCCUCCGUCCGCCUGCACUACCGGCCCCAGGACAGCACCAUGGCCUGGUCCGCCAUUGUGGUGGACCCCAGUGAGAAUGUGACUUUAAUGAACCUGAGGCCGAAGACAGGAUACAGUGUCCGUGUACAGCUGAGCCGGCCAGGGGAAGGCGGGGAGGGGGCCUGGGGGCCUCCCACCCUCAUGACCACAGACUGUCCUGAGCCCUUGCUGCAGCCAUGGCUGGAGGGCUGGCACGUGGAGGGCCCUGACCGGUUGCGAGUGAGCUGGUCCUUACCCUCGGUGCCUGGGCCACUGGUGGGCGAUGGUUUCCUGCUGCGCCUGUGGGAUGGGGCACGGGGACAGGAGCGGCGGGAGAACGUCUCGUCCCCCCAGGCCCGCACCGCCCUCCUGACUGGACUCACGCCUGGCACCCACUACCAGCUGGAUGUGCGGCUCUACCACUGCACCCUCCUGGGCCCUGCCUCGCCCCCUGCACGCGUGCUUCUGCCCCCCACUGGGCCCCCAGCCCCCCGACACCUCCAUGCCCAGGCCCUCUCAGACUCUGAGAUCCAGCUGACAUGGCAGCGGCCAGAGGCUUCGGCUGGGCCUAUAUCCAAGUACAUCGUGGAGGUGCAGGUGGCUGGGGGCUCAGGCGACCCCCUGUGGAUGGACGUGGACAGGCCCGAGGAGACAAGCACCGUUGUCCGUGGCCUCAACGCCAGCACACGCUACCUCUUCCGUGUGCGGGCCAGUAUUCAGGGUCCCGGCGACUGGAGCAGCGUCGUGGAGGAGUCUACCCUGGGUAACGGGCUGCAGAGUGAGGGCCCGGUCCAAGAGGUCCAAGCGGCUGCAGAGGGCCUAGAUCAGCAGCUGGUACUGGCCGUAAUGGGUUCUGUGUCUGCCACCUGCCUUACCAUCCUGGCUGCCCUCCUGACCCUGGUGUGCAUCCGCAAAAGCUGCCCGCACCGCAGACGCACCUUCACCUACCAGUCAGGAUCGGGUGAAGAAACCAUCCUCCAGUUCAGCUCAGGCACCCUGACGCUAACCCGGCGGCCAAAACCACAGCCCGAGCCCCUGAGUUAUCCAGUGCUGGAGUGGGAAGACAUCACCUUUGAGGACCUCAUUGGGGAGGGGAACUUUGGUCAGGUCAUCCGGGCCAUGAUCAAGAAGGAUGGGCUCAAGAUGAACGCGGCCAUCAAGAUGCUGAAAGAGUAUGCCUCUGAAAAUGACCAUCGUGACUUUGCGGGAGAAUUGGAAGUUCUGUGCAAACUGGGACAUCACCCCAAUAUCAUCAACCUCUUGGGGGCUUGUGAAAACCGAGGUUACUUGUACAUCGCUAUUGAAUACGCCCCCUACGGGAACCUGCUAGACUUUUUGCGGAAGAGCCGGGUCCUGGAGACGGACCCAGCCUUUGCCCGGGAACACGGAACUGCCUCCACUCUCAGCUCCCGGCAGCUGCUGCGCUUUGCCAGUGAUGCUGCCAAUGGCAUGCAGUACCUGAGCGAGAAGCAGUUCAUCCACAGGGACCUGGCUGCCCGAAAUGUGCUGGUUGGGGAGAACCUGGCCUCCAAGAUUGCCGACUUUGGCCUUUCUCGGGGGGAGGAAGUUUAUGUGAAGAAGACGAUGGGGCGUCUCCCCGUGCGCUGGAUGGCCAUUGAGUCUCUGAACUACAGCGUCUACACCACCAAGAGUGAUGUUUGGUCCUUUGGGGUCCUCCUCUGGGAGAUCGUGAGCCUUGGGGGCACGCCAUACUGUGGCAUGACCUGUGCUGAGCUGUAUGAGAAGCUGCCUCAGGGCUACCGCAUGGAGCAGCCUCGUAACUGUGACGAUGAAGUGUACGAGCUGAUGCGUCAGUGCUGGCGGGACCGUCCAUACGAGCGACCCCCCUUUGCCCAGAUUGCACUGCAGCUGGGCCGGAUGCUGGAAGCCAGGAAGCUCCCAACUGUUUACCCAUCUUCCUCUGCUGGGGCUAUCAGCCCAUUCUCCUCUGGGCCACCUCUCCUCACCUGGCACAGAGCCAGAGUGACAACGCAUGAAUGGCCAACCAACCAAAUGGGCGGAUGGAGGAAUGAAUGAUACAGUAAGUGAAUGAAUGGAAAGAAUUAGUGGAUGGAUGAUGUAAUAAACAUAUGAAUAAAUACAUAAAUAACUGACUCUAGUAACCAUGUGGAUAAAUAAAUUAUCAGAUAAAUAUAAAUGAAGAAACCUAUCAGAGUAAAUGCAAAAAGAGUUCUUCAUUUAAACUAAUGACUAAAUAGCUAUAGGAAUUCGCAAACUGUCUCAAGAAUAAAGGAAUGAUCAGGAGCACCUGGCUGGCUCAGUUGGUGGAGCAUUCUUGAUCUCAAAGUUGUGAGUUCGAGCCCCAUGUUGGGUAUACAGAUUACUCAAAAAUAAAAUAUUUUUAAAAAGCAAGCAGAAUAAGGAAUGACCAAAUAACCAUAUAAAUGGCUAAAUCACCAAAAAUACCCUGAUGAAUAAAUGAAUGAAUGAACAAAAAAUUCACUUGUUGAGUGCAUUAAAAAAAAAAACUAAGAUGUAGGAUACGAAAGAUGAGAUAUAUGCAGUGGACCCUUGAACAAUGUAUGACUAAGGGGUACCGAUCCCUUAUGUAGUCAAAAAUCUGCAUAUAACUUUUGCUUUUCCCAAAACUUAAUUACUAAUAGCUGAACUUUUGACUGGAAGCCUUACUGAUGACAUAAACAGUCAACUAACAUGUAUUUUGUAUAUGUAUUAUACAUUGUAUUCUUAUACUAAAGUAAGCUAGAGAAAAGAAAAAGAUCAUGAAGAAGAGAAAAUACACUGACAGUCCUGUACCACAUUUAUUGAAAAAAUCUGGUAUAAGUGGACCCAUACAGUUAAAAUCCAUGUUAGUCAAGAGUCAGUUAUGUAUACAAUGGACUAUUACCCAGCUAUAAAGAGAAUGAAAU